ACAACAGCCCCUCCGUAGAGUCAAAGGUAGCCAAGGAAGGAUGGAUCUUCAAGAAGAACAGCUUAAUGCAAUGGAAACUCUACUACGCGGUGGCGAAACAUGGAAAUGCUAUCAAACCUGGAAGUUUGAAUUUAUACAAAGACGAAAAAGUAGGAAAUUUCAAAUCAAUUUUAUGAUGUCAUGCAAAUUUUUUGUAUUAACAUCGUGUCUAUAUGGAACAGUUCGUCAGUCACCAUCAAACAUUCGAUAUGUCUGAAGUGGUGGAAGUCGAGCCUAGAAGCCAACAAUAUCACCAAAACAUCAAGUAUGAAUUCAGAAUGCUUAUCAAGCGUGAUGACAUAUCAUUUGCCACUGAAGAUCCACAGGAUCGUAAGGACUGGGUGGUCGCGUUAACUGCCAUCAUGGGCAAGGUUUCGCUGGCAUCUCAAAGUGAACUGAAGAAUCGAGUUUCUAAUGCCGAAAACAUGACUAGGGGCUUACAGAACGUAGCUUCUGAACUAGAGUUAGAAUGUGUUGAACUUCAAAGGCAGUUAGAGGAGCAAACAGAAGAAUACAUGGUCAAAGAAAGGAAGCUACGAGAGCAGUGGAACGCCAAGGAAAAGGCCAUGAAGCGCGAGCUGGAAGAUUCCCAAAGAUCAUCCCAAACACGAACUGAACUUUUGGAGCGCGAACUAGGUAUCUGGAAGGGUAAAUGCAGCGAAUUCGAAAAGCGCAACGAAAUGAUCUUGAUGAAGCGUAACUCCGAGGACCACUACAGAUUGGAACAAGCUGAAGAAGACGCAAGAAAAUGGAAGACCAAGGCCACCGAUCUUGAAGCGACAAAUGAGCUUUUAUUGCGACAAUAUCAUCGAGCUGAAAGUCUGGUUGCCCAAAGCAAAGUCGAAGGCUUGAGAAUGGAUGGAAAGCUCUCAUUGGAACAAGCUGCUAUUAAAGAUGCUGUCAGUGAAAUGAGACUAGAUCUCUCCAAGCUUUCACAGCAGAUGCAAAGUUCAAGUACGGAGUCUCGCCGCGUGGUCGAAAUUCAAGACGACAUACUAAGACUGAGUGAUGCUAUGGCGGAUGCGAAGAAGGGAUAUGAGGUCAUUCAUCAGAACGUAGCUAAAUUGGUACAACUUGAUGAAGGUGAUGAAUUUCAUAACAUCAAGCCAGAGGCCAAGAUCUUGGAAGAUAUUCAAAAGCAAAUUACUGAACUUAAGGGCGAGCUGAUUGGAAGCAGUUCUGAAGAAGACAAGGUGGACAGUGCUAUUGACGUUUCUGCAAGUGGACUAUCUAUCUCCAGCAAGUUUGAUGCAUUGAUGGCGCUUGUUGAAACGUUGCACAACAAAAAAGUAGAUAUGGAUAACAGCAAAAGUGAAGAAAUGUCCAAGGUUUUGGAAACCAUUCAAACAGCUGCAACACAGGAGGCUACUUUGGUGGAAGAAAUGCAAAAGGCCAGCGAAAAGGCGUUCCAAGAGAUCAGUGAAAAAUACGAGUCCUUGUCAGAGGUGAUGCAACAAAUGCAAGCCAACUCAGCCCGCGCUAUGUCACAUAUGGAGUCUACUCUCAAAGAUGCCAGGGACAAUCACACCGCUAUCAAGCCUGACGAUCUUGAGAAGAUCUAUCGUAAAGUGAGAGAUUCUCAGGCGCAAAUAUCCGAUGUCUUGGCCACUGAGCUACAAAAACUUGGAGAACAUGAAAGUCGACGCGCUGAUGAACAAGAAAAGAGCCUCAGUGUGUUGAGCCAGUUAUUCCAACAUGUGGCAAAUCAAAUUGACAAUAGCGCCAUACCUGAUCUUCCAGAUUACAUGCGGCAAAUGGAUGAAAUGUUAGAUCGACUUUCUGAGACUGAGCUUCGAUUGACAGAGCUAUCACAAGUUGGUGCUUUGCAGAAUGGCCCCAUGUCUCCUAGAGAUAAGAGUGGACCUAUGAUCAGCUCGACGCCAGUGAAUGGAGGAAAUAGCGCCGAAAUUGUUCAAUUGCUUCAAAAUACCCGUAGCUUUAUGGAGCGCACUCUCAGAGUACUAGACAAGUUUGGUGGAAGUGCCCAUGGAUUUGAGCAAAUCAUCAAGAACGCCGUUAAGCAAGCUAUGCCAGCCACUGAGAAUUAUAACAUAUCCAAGAAAUCCAAUGACAUGAGCCCAAUUCUUGAUGAAAAACUGAAGCGCUAUGAAGACAAUGCUAGAGGCUACAUGGACAAGUCCAUGGAAGGCAUGCGCAACCACCUUGAGGAUUAUACUGGUGUUAUGUACAAGAUGAUUGAAGACUUGAUACUGCGCGCGAUGGAGCACUUGGAAAGUAGUCGCGAGAAGGAAAAUUACUCAGGCUACACUCCCAAGGAAUCCAAGUCAGUCAAUACUGAUCAGCUCAAUAGUCUAAUUGAAAUGCAAAGCAAGCUCAGCGCCAACAAACAAGUACUGGAAGCUGAUAUCAAGCGCCUAUUAACGGAAAAGGACGGCCUUUCGAAAGAAAUACGUCAGUUGCAAGCUGAAGUUAAAGAGCUUCAAGAGCAUCUUAUGGAAGGAAAGGCUGAGUUUAUUGGCUUACAAAGAAGCUCCGAUCACAUAAAUCAGACUCUUCAACGUCUCCAGAACAUGGCUCCUCUGAUUAAGCAAAUGGAACGUCUGCAAAUGAUGUCUGAGACAGCCCCAAGAUCCUAAUGUCCAACCAGAAACACAAUUUGAGAAGCGUAUCUCCUACUCCUUCGCAAAGAAGCGGAUCAGAGCCCUCAAGUUGGAUG